CCUCCUUUCUCUUCUGGGUCUUGACACAACGACAUUCAGCAUCAUGCUGACCUAGUCUGGACCUUGCCUCCCGCUCACUCUGUCCCUUCGCUUUUGUAUACCCUCUGAGUCUGCUGCCUAGCAGUGUCUAUCUGCCAUGUCGGCGACGGCGCUCAAUGCUGCCGGUCCUUCGCGGCUACGGUUGGGGCAAGCAGUCACACGUCACUCGUUGCCAAAGAGCCUUCCAGUAGCCAUGGUGAUCGGAGCCACUAGCGCGUCCUACAGACUUCACUCUACAGUGACGAGAUCUGGCCGACUGACACAUCCUUCCCUCUCAUUGCUGCUUCUUCCUCCUUCGACUCUGGCCACUAGGAGAUAUGUGUCCACCGAAACUCACCGACCUGACACCUCCCCUCCUCUUCCACCCCCACCCCCACCCAACUCCUCAUCUACAUCCACCUCCAGCUCCUCUCCUUCUUCGUCCCAAUAUCCUCCUGCAACGACGUUCCGACCCCGAACCGCAGCCCCGAAUCUCCCUCACAAACCUCGGUCAGCUGCUGCUGCCGAGACAGAAACCUCUACCGAACCUGCAGACAAGCAGUCAGAGACUUCUAUGCCUCCAGUAGAGAAGGAAGACCAGCCAAAAGAAAUUGCGAAGAAGGAUAAGACUUCGGACAAGUCACUUCCAGCUAGAGCUUGGGCAGUGGUUAAGAAGGAAGCUGCGCACUACUGGGCCGGAACAAAGCUUCUCGGAAAGGAGAUCAAGAUCUCCACCAAGCUUCUCUAUCAAGUUUUGAAGGGGGAUACUCUGACCAGAAGGGAGCGCAGGCAGCUUCGACGUACCACUGGUGAUUUGCUUCGUCUGAUUCCAUUUUCCGUCUUCGUCAUCGUUCCCUUCAUGGAGCUUCUACUGCCCGUUGCACUCAAACUCUUCCCCAACAUGUUGCCUAGCACCUUUGAGGGCACAUUUGCGAGGGAAGAGAAAGAGCGCAAAUUGCUCCGAGUCAGAAUUGAGAUGGCCAAGUUCUUACAGGAGACUGUCAAGGAAUCGGGUCUCAAAGCCGAUAGCGUCGUCAGAAGUGACGAGUUCAAGGAGUUCUUCAGAAAGGUCAGAUCCACUGGAGAGACGCCAUCGCACGACGACGUUGUGCGAGUCGCCAAACUAUUCCACGACGAUCUGACACUCGACAACCUGACUCGACCGCAACUCGUUUCCAUCUGCCGAUACAUGAACAUCAAUACAUGGGGUACAGACAAUUUCCUCAAGCUCAACAUUCGAAACAAGUUGGAGAAAGUCCGAGUCGAUGAUAUGAUGAUCUUCGCCGAAGGUGUCGAUUCUCUGUCUACGAAAGAGCUCCAAUCUGCCAGUCAGUCUCGUGGAAUUCGAAUCACCGGAGUUUCCCCCGCCCGACUGAGAGAAGAGUUGGACCAAUGGAUUGAUUUUCACUACAACCACGGUAUCUCUGGUGUCUUGUUGAUCCUCUCGAGAGCCUUCAACUUCAACGGGGACAAGGGCGACCUAAUGAACGACCUCGUGGCUACACUGGGAUCCCUGCCAGAAAACUUGAUCGACGAAGCUGAGCUCAAUGUAUCGGGCGAGACGACCUACAAGCAGAAGCUUGAAGUCUUGCAGCAGCAACAGGAGUUGAUCGAGGAUGAAGAAGAGCAGGAAGCCGAGGAAGAAGCGGCGAAGCGCGAAAAGAAAGAGGCCGAAGCAGCCGCCAAGCUCGAAGCCGCAGCAGCACACGACUCCGAUGCAUCACACGCUGCCAAGUCCCAGACUGGAUCUGAAGAGCCAACAGCCGCUGUUCAAGAGCCCGUGGAUGCUCGUAUGACCAAGGAGCAACUCAACGAGCUGGCGGAGGCACUGUCCAUCUUGACUGCCAAGUCCUCGAUCGCGAAGGAGCGAGAUGAGUUACACGAUCUCCUGGAGGACAACUUGUUGUCCGAAGCGGAAUCUGACCAGCGAGGCGACGAGGACAAGGGAGCUGUGGCCGUCUCGAAACGCGUCAGGUCCAUGAUCAAGAAGAUUGAUGCUCAGCUCGAGAAAUACGAUGAAAAGGUUGGAUCAAGCUUGAACAUUAUCAAGACCAAUGCGAAGGGCCAGAUCACCCUUGGAGACUUGAAGCGAGCGAUGAGGGAAAUCAAACACAAACCGAGUGAUGAGGAAAUUGAGGGUCUUGGAAAGAAGCUAGAUGUGGAUUCCGACGGUCUUGUCGAACUUGACCACGUUGUCGAAUUGACUCAGGAUCGACAACUUGGACUCGGCAUGGAGGAUGAAGAGGCCAAGAAGCUGUUGACGCGUGGUGCAGAUAUCAGACACAGCAAGGAUGUCAAAGAUCUCAAACCCAAACGGGAAGACAUCAUCUCUGACGAGUAGUCUCGCUCGUCUCCGUUUACAUCGCCUAUUGCACUUGUGUCAUUCCGGACCAAUUCACAGCCUCUCCACAUCACUCCAAUGCAUCGCCUGUACGUCAACUUUGAACCUAAGCAUGAGUCACUCUUUGAGCAUGAUCUGCACGAGUCAC